AUGAAAAGCCGCGUUUCUUUGAUUGGCCCUUUUGUCACCACGCUUCUUUUGUUGGGCGCUACUGCCAACGAAAUUCGUCAGCCGCAUUUGAAGAAUGGAAAAAAUGUGAUUUUGCAAAUAGUUACGCCCGAAGAAAUGAAUAAAAUACUUAACGAAAAUCCGGACGCUGUGGAGAUGACUGCAACAAGGACUCGGGUUGAAGGUCGUGAAAUGCAACCACAAGGCAGAGCUCAAAUCACUUAUACUUUGGGUACCGCAAGAGCUCCAGGUGAUCGCCUCGUAUCGACUGACUCGAGCACAAAUGACUUCAAUGUUCCUACUACCUUGACUGCCAAAACGCGUUAUCCUAGCAGUGGUACUGGUGCAGUUGUUACAUAUGUUCAAAUCAAUGUGUACCAAAGCAAUGAUAACGGACGUGCUUAUGUGACAUCUGGUGGCAUUGGUUCGACACACAUUGCGGUGGCAGUGGAAGCGGUGAAAACUUAUUACUUUGAUUUUUAUUCAUAUAUUUAUGGGAAAUAAAUUAAGAGUAUGCAAAUGAGAGGGUAAGGAAAUGCAUGGA